GUGCGACUUUGGUCCCGGUCUUCCCCUUCCGAAAUCUCGUGCAGCGGCCGCCGCUACGGCGCUACCAUCGCAUGCCAACCAGCCAGCCAGCCAGCCAAGGCUCCAAAGUUCGCAGCGCAUUCACCACCAGCUCCACUCCCAACUCCCGCUGAUCUCACGCUCACCACCAGCCCGCCCCACAUCUUCUCUGCCUAUAACAGAUUCACAUCGCCCGCGUGAUUCAUGAUAAAAAUCCUCCUCCAAAUCGGAGUCUAGCCCGUGCCCAAAACCCUAGCGACCGCCGGAGAGCUUGCCCGAACCGAGGCCGCCGGAACGGGAAAUUAGAUCGCGGCUGGCGAUGGAGAGCCCCGCGAAGGAGGAGGCCGGCGGGGAGCUGGCGAUGGAGAUCGAGUCGUCGGUCACGGCGGAGGACUGGCGCCGCGCGCUCUCUCGCGUUGUGCCAUCCGUCGUCGUCCUCCGCACAACCGCGCCGCGCGCCUUUGACACCGAGGUCGCCGGCGCCAGCUACGCCACCGGGUUCGUCGUUGACAAGUCCCGCGGCAUCAUCCUCACUAACCGCCAUGUCGUUAAGCCAGGGCCUGUGGUCGCGGAGGCCAUGUUCGUGAACAGGGAAGAGAUCCCUGUGUACCCCCUGUACAGAGAUCCUGUACAUGAUUUUGGUUUUUUUCGCUAUGAUCCAGGUGCCAUUAAGUUUCUCAAGUAUGAUGAGAUUCCGCUGGCACCUGAAGCAGCAUCAGUCGGGCUAGAAAUCCGGGUUGUCGGAAAUGACAGCGGGGAAAAGGUUUCAAUUUUGGCAGGAACACUUGCUCGACUUGAUAGAGAAGCACCAUACUACAAGAAGGAUGGAUAUAAUGAUUUCAAUACAUUCUAUAUGCAGGCUGCAUCUGGUACUAAAGGUGGCUCAAGUGGUUCACCUGUUGUUGAUUGCCAAGGAAGGGCUGUUGCCCUGAAUGCUGGAAGCAAAUCUUCCAGUGCCUCUGCCUUCUUCCUUCCAUUAGAACGUGUUGUCAGAGCACUGAAUUUGAUACGUGAUAGCUGGGAUGCAUUUGGUACCAAGCCAGAAUCUGUUUAUAUUCCACGUGGUACACUUCAGGCGACCUUUCAACACAAAGGAUUUGAAGAAACUCGGCGUCUUGGCCUCCGGAAUGAAACCGAGCAGAUGGUGCGUGUAGUUUCUCCAGUAGGCGAGACUGGAAUGCUGGUUGUUGAUUCAGUGGUACCUGAAGGCCCUGCGCAUAAACAUUUGGAACCUGGUGAUGUUCUAGUACGCAUCGAUGAGGAGGUUGUAACUCAGUUUCUUAGAUUGGAGACUUUACUUGAUGAUAGUGUUGGCAGGGAAAUUGAUUUGCAGAUAGAGAGGGGUGGAGUUCCUUUAACAGUAAAAUUGCAGGUUGAGGAUUUGCACUCUAUAACUCCAAAUCAUUUCUUGGAAGUUAGUGGUGCUGUCAUCCAUCCACUGUCAUAUCAGCAGGCUAGAAACUUCCGAUUCAAAUGUGGUCUCGUAUAUGUUGCUGAAGCAGGGUACAUGCUCUCUCGGGCAUCUGUUCCACGUCAUGCCAUUAUUAAAAAGCUUGCAGGAGAGGAUAUUGCACAUUUAGAUGACCUUAUUGCAGUUCUUUCAAAAUUGUCUAGGGGAUCACGAGUGCCUCUAGAAUAUGUCAAAUACACUGACCGUCACCGGAACAAAUCUGUACUGGUGACAAUUGAUCAACAUGAAUGGUAUGCGCCACCUCAGUUAUAUACUCGAAAUGAUGGAACUGGCUUGUGGACUGGAAAACCAGCUAUGUCACCGGAAUCUCCAUUUUUAGCUCCAGCUCAUCAUGCUAAUCAUGUGGACACAAACUCGAACUCUGUUUCAUCUUUAUCUGAAUCUAGUCCUAUGGAUCUCAAGUGCCAGUAUGAUUCUGAGAACCUGGCAGAUGGAUGCAUCAAGAUGCAAACUGAUGAUGAGAUUGUUGUAGAUGGAUCUCACUCUAACGAAGAUUCUCUUGUUGAGAAAAAAAGGCGACGUGUGGAUGAGGAGAUAGCUGCUGAGGGAACUUUACCAUCUUAUGGAGAUCUAGAGGAUGUUAAAGGUGGUUCUUUGAGGCAUCCUUCCAAUGCAGAAGGCUCUGAACUUGCUCGAACAAUAUCAAGUAAUGCAUCUUUGGCAGAACAAGUAAUUGAACCAGCCCUAGUAAUGUUUGAGGUGCAUGUGCCGCCUGUUUGCAUGCUUGAUGGAGUUCACUCUCAACAUUUCUUUGGAACAGGAGUUAUAAUAUAUCAUUCUGAACAUCUGGGUCUGGUUGCAGUUGAUAGGAAUACGGUUGCUGUAUCUAUCUCUGAUAUAAUGCUUUCAUUUGCUGCAUAUCCCAUUGAAAUACCUGGAGAGGUUGUUUUCCUCCAUCCUGUUCACAACUUUGCUCUUGUCGCUUAUGAUCCUUCUGCACUAGGAGCUGGAGCAUCUGUUGUCCGGGCUGCUAAGCUUCUACCAGAACCUGCUUUGCGACGAGGAGAUUCUGUCUAUCUAGUUGGGCUUAGUAGAAGCUUACAGGCAACAUCAAGGAAAUCAAUCAUAACUAAUCCUUGCACAGCUGUUAAUAUUGGGUCAGCUGAUUGUCCUCGAUACCGUGCAAUAAAUAUGGAGGUCAUUGAGCUUGAUACUGAUUUUGGUAGCACAUUUUCGGGCAUAUUAACUGAUGAGCAAGGAAGAGUUCAAGCAUUAUGGGCUAGCUUUUCUACCCAGCUGAAAUAUGGUUGCAGCAGCUCAGAGGACCAUCAGUUUGUUAGAGGCAUACCAAUAUAUGCAAUAAGCCAAGUACUUGAGAAGAUUAUCUCUGGAACUCAAGGACCUUUUAGGCUUAUCAACGGAAUAAAGAGGCCAAUGCCAUUUGUCAGACUUUUGGAGGUGGAACUUUAUCCAACUUUGCUAUCCAAGGCAAGAAGUUAUGGAUUGAGUGAUAACUGGGUGCAGGCCCUUGCGAAGAAGGAUCCUGUGCGUAGACAAGUCCUGCGGGUGAAAGGUUGUUUGGCUGGAUCGAAAGCAGAAAAUCUUCUAGAGCAGGGAGAUAUGAUUCUUGCUAUUAACAAGGAGCCAAUUACAUGCUUCCUUGACAUUGAGAAGGCUUGCCAAGGAUUGGACCAAUCCAUUGGGUCAGAUGGAGUGCUUAACAUGACAAUAUUCCGUCAGGGAAAAGAAAUCGACCUUAUUGUUGGAACUGAUGUAAGAGAUGGCAAUGGUACAACCCGAAUGGUUAAUUGGUGUGGAUGCAUUAUCCAGGAUCCUCAUUCAGCAGUGCGUGCACUUGGCUUUUUACCAGAAGAAGGUCAUGGUGUUUAUGUUGCUAGAUGGUGUCAUGGAAGUCCGGUACAUAGAUAUGGCCUCUAUGCUCUCCAGUGGAUCAUCGAAGUUAAUGGGCAACCAACAACGGAUCUGGAAACCUUUAUACAGGUGGUGAAGGGUCUCGAAGAUGGUGAAUUUGUUAGGGUGAGGACUGUCCAUUUGAAUGGAAAGCCUCGUGUACUUACUCUAAAACAGGACCUUCACUACUGGCCGACAUGGGAGCUCAGCUUUGAACCCGAAACUGCUACAUGGCGGAGGAGAAUAAUAAAAGCAUUGCAAUCAACUAAGGCGUGAUAUUUUUAUGUUUUCCUGCGACAUUUUCAUGCUCAGAGGAGAAUAUAGGUAAGGAAAUUAUAGGUUCAUGCCUUGGUUUGGUAAGCUAAAUUCUGCAUUAUGCAGGAUUAAGCUACCCUGCACUUUGUAGGGUCAGUUGUGGGCAUUAGCUUAGGGGGGGGCUUGAAAGAUAUAUAGUAAGUACAUCAUUGAUAGUAAUAUGGAUUCAUCGGCUGUGGUCUCUGGACAAUUUGACCACAGGAUUUGCCUUCUGUAUAUCGUCCAUUCCUAUAUUUUGGUAGAAAAUGAAAUAAAUCGUUAGUGUUUCCA